AUGGGUUGCUGCCUGUCCAGCACGGCAGUGGAGCCGUCCUCGUCAUCACUACAUCCCGCCACGUCAGCAUCGCUUCCCACUCACAACCACGUCAAGGACCCCAUGCUGACGUCAGCGACCAAGGUGGGCCCGGAAGGUUCCCUGGAAGCUCACUACAAGCUGCUGGGCAACACUCUCGGGUGCGGCCGCGUGGCGUCCGUCAGGGAGGCAGUGGAGCGGGCGACGGGGGCGGUGGUGGCGGUGAAGGCGUGUUCCAAGAAGGUGCUCAACGCACGCCCCGCCUACAUCAGCCGCGUCAGUGCUGCUCCCUCCCGCACACCCGCACCCACCGCACCCACCGCAGCAGCACAUGGCCGUGUGUGCGUGGUGCACCCACACUUGCUCCUUGCACAUGUGCUCUUCAUCGCUGCUCCCUCUAAUCCCUAA